AUGUCGAUGUAUUUGGUUGACGAGUCCGUCCUCUCCAUCGUGGCCUUCUUUAUCUCUUUUUACAAAAUUUGGUAUCCAGCCCAAGUGGUCUUUGAUGAAACCCAUUUUGGCAAAUUCGCAGGUUAUUACAUCAAGAGAACUUAUUUCUUUGAUGUCCAUCCCCCACUCGCCAAACUGAUGUUUGCUGCUGUGGGUUAUCUGCUGGGAUUUGAUGGACAGUUUGAGUUUGAAAAUAUCGGCGAGACCUACAUUGGUCAGUCGGUGCCUUACAUCGGGUUACGUGCUUUACCGGCCACGCUCAACGUUGCCAGUGUCGCCUUGAUGUAUGGGAUCAUGCAGCAAUCAGGCUAUUCCCUUGUCACCUGCAUCAUCCCCGCGGGCUUGUACCUCUUAGAUAACGCCAUUGUCGCCCAAAACCGAUUGAUUUUGUUGGACGGUAUCAUGAUAUUCUUUAUGCUGUGUACUAUUUACUCAUUUGUACGAUUCCGAAAAUUACGCCGCAAUGAGUUUUCCGUAUCAUGGUGGGGAUGGCUUUUGGCUACGGGCACAUGCAUGGCACUUAACCUGAGUGUGAAAAUGGUUGGCCUAUUCUUGGUGGGCGCGAUCGGCAUGGCAACGCUGGUGGAUAUGUGGGAGCUGCUUUGCAUCCAAAGGGGGCUUACAUGGAAACGACUCAGCGGUCAUUUUAUCGCUCGAUGUGUGGGUCUGAUUGCUCUGCCUAUCAUUGUUUAUCUUGGAUCCUUCUACAUCCACUUUGCCGUCUUGACUUUUUCUGGACCGGGAGAUGUGUUUAUGAGCGCAGAUUUCCAAAAUACGUUGCAACUGAGCCCUUUGAGACUUCAAUCACUAGAUGUCGAGUAUUACAAUAACAUUACGCUGAUGCACAAGGAUACGAAAGCGUUCCUUCAUUCUCAUAAUUAUAAGUAUCCCGUUCCUUAUGAGGAUGGUCGAAUCAGUAGCGGAGGGCAGCAAGUGGUGGCCGCCAAUGAAGUUGAUGGAAACAGUUACUGGCGUAUCCGACCUACCAAGCCGUUGCCCAUAAACGGUGAACCCGUGGUGGUGAGACACGGCGAUGUCAUCCAGCUGGAACACAUUGAAACCGAGUCGCUUUUGAUUACCCAUGAUGUGGCAUCGCCUUUACUGCCAUCACAGCAAGAAUUCACCACGGUUCCCUUUGAUGAGCAAUAUUACAACGAUACAUUGUUCACUGUACACAUCGAGGGUGCAGAAGAAAAUUCUGUAUGGCGUACAUUUGGCCGACCCGUGCGAUUGAUCCACCAAAAGACAAAAGUGGCUCUGUGGUCUCGCAGGGAGAAGUUGCCAGCAUGGGCAUUCCAUCACCAAGAUGUCAACGGCAACCGAAAUCAGCUCCACAGCGGCACUUACUGGGUAGCCUCCGAUAUUCAGGGUCGGAACGCGACCGAAAUCAAUCAAGAAAAAGAAUACACGGUGGAGAAGCGACCUUUUUGGCUUGAUUUCCUUGAGCUGCAGAUAUUAAUGCUGAAAUACAAUUCGGGUCUCAAGGACGACCAUCCCUAUGCAUCCCGGCCCGUUUCUUGGCCACUCAUGCUACGUGGCGUGGCGUACUGGGGUAACGAGGCAACGCGUGAACAGAUUUACAUUACCGGCAACAUUGCAGGAUGGUGGAUAGGUUUAGCCUCUUUGGGUCUAUUUGCCACCAUUGCAAGUAUAAAUGCCAUUGCUCAAAAACGCGGCAUUUCCCUUAUUCAAAAGCCUGUGCGUCAACGGUUCAUGAAUUCUGGAGGAUUUUUCGCUGUUUUGUGGCUGCUUCAUUAUUUUCCGUUCUUUGGCAUGCAGCGAGUACUUUAUCUUCAUCAUUAUUUGCCGGCCGUGAUAUGCAACUACCUAUUGGUGGGCACCGUAUUCCACUUUCUGUUUGUGAGCGGCAUUGAUUUUCCCGUGACAGGCAACAUCACUCUCCAGCGUGCGCGUGGAUCCAUCAAGUCAUGGCUGGCUGCGGUCAUGCUCUUAUCCACGCAAUUGGCCGUUUUCGUCUUUCUCGCGCCUCUCACUUAUGGCAAUCCAGGCUUACCGUCAGAACAAGUAGAUCGUCGUAAGUUAUUUAAGACCUGGGAUCUUCAGUACGGUUCCAAAUAA